AUGGACGAACCCGGCAUUCGUAUCCUCAGCCACUUGGUACCGCGCGAUGGAAUCAACCACAGCGACAUCACCACCAGUAUCCACGGAUGGGUCGCCGCAGGCAGAGAUAGGGGGAGCAUCGACAUUCUCUGGUCGAGCCUGUUGACAAUCAUUCUCUGCGUCUGGGUUGCCACCCACCCAAACGCUCUAUCGCCGAAAGACAAGUGGUACCACGGCGUCUUUGACAAGGUCAAUCUCGCGAUGAUAGGACUUUUAGGCCCGGAUUUCCUUUUCGGACUUGCUGUUGGCCAACUCUCUAGUGCUCGUCGUAGUGUCAAGGUAUGGGAAGGCUUUUCACUUCCACGGAAUCCGACCAGCGACUGA